UAUCUGUCUAUCACUACUGUGGAAGUAUUUUUCGACUUAAACAUUCAUUCAUUAUUAUUAAUAUUUCCAAAAUUCAUAAUUAUUAGUUUAGCGAUUUAAUUCAAUAAUGAUUUAUUAUUAUUCAAUCAUGUGUUGAUCGAUUGAAAAAGUAUUGUUCCCGUACACAUCGCAAUUUGCAUUGAAUGUUGCUUAUAAUAAAUCGGCUUUUGAAAUAAUUAAAGUAGUUUGUUAUAGUGUAACUUCUCAUGAUGUCUGCCAUAAAUGCAGCGCCUAUCACAGCGACUGACAGUUUGUCGCAGGCUUUAAAGGCUAAUAUAAUACCCAACCAGGAGUAUUUAUUGCAGGGUUCAGUUCUUGAUUCAGCUGUUGAAGUGUUACUCCAUCGAUUAAGAGGUCUUUGUGACAAUGUUGAUGCUGGACCAGAAACAUUUGAUGAUCAAGAAGUUUGUUUUAGUUUGAGAGACCCAAGUCAACAGGCGGUUCCUCUUAUGUUAAGGGUGAGAAAGGCGUUGGAUGCUAGAGAUAUGCCUUAUCAACUACGAUAUAUUGGUCAGCCAGAUUUAGGAGACAAGAAUAGACCUACAGUUGUAAGAUCUAGCUUAGAUAUUGCUUGCAGUGGAAUGCUUAUAGAGUUUCUAAAUGAACUUGGCUGUAGAAUUGAAUUUGAAUAUAGUGUUAAAGGUUACAUGUUUAGAAAGGGUAGAAUGAAAAUCACAGUUGCUAAAGUGUUCAAGAUUUCACAAAGCUCAAUGCCACCAGAGCCAAUAUCUCAGAGUUAUUUAGUUGAAUUGUCUGUUUUGGCACCUCAAGGUCAAGAUGCUAUUGGGGAAGACAUGCGCGCAUUUGCCGACCAACUACGACCAUUAGUACAACUGGAUAAGAUUGAUUAUAAGAGAUUAGGUCACAUGGCUGUAACGUAAUACAAAAUAAUUCAAGACAUUUUAUGACACAAUUGUAUAUGUUUUAACAAUUACUAAUUGCGUUUUAAUUCCUAAAUCCAAGGAUUACAUGUAAAUUAUGUACUUAUUCUCUGAAACAUUAAAAAAAAAAAUUCUUGA